AGGACGUGCAAAGGAAAGAGCUCACUUCCUGUAUUUUGCUAGUGUGUUUACGUCACGAAUGAUCAAAAUAGUAGUAGUACGUAAUUCCCAAACGGAUAUCAACCCGGAUCAUUUCGGACAAGUUUAGUAUUCCUUUUGCAGGUUGGCGUUAGUGUGAGGAACACGCUGCUGCUGUACAUGAGGAGCGGCCGGACAGGGAGAGAUGAUGGCCGGCUUUGUGUUGGUGAUGGCCGGCGGGUUCCUGGAGCUCUGCGGCGGCGUCUCUGCAAACGGGAACGGUCAGCCCUCCUUCACUGAUGAAAUUCCGUUUAAAAUCACCUGGCCCGGGCCUGAAUUCACACUGCCCACUUCGGGCUCACUUUACAAGGACGACAACUUCGUCAUCAUGACCACUUUAGAGAAGGAGAAGUACAAAUGCCUCCUGCCUUCGCUCACAUCUGGAGAAGAGGACGAUGACAAGGAGUACAGCGGGCCAAGUCCGUCUGAACUUCUGGAGCCUCUGUUCAAACGAAGCAGCUGCUCAUACAGAAUUGAAUCUUACUGGACCUAUGAAGUAUGUCACGGAAAACAUGUAAGACAGUAUCAUGAAGAGAAGGAGACUGCUCAGAAAAUAGGUGUCCAAGAGUACUUCUUGGGAAAUUUAGCAAGGAAGAGAAAAAGUACACAAAUGGCUAAUGUUGAAGAGACAAAAAGGACUCAGUCAGCACCCGAAACUGAAGUGCUGUCUAAGAACAUAGAAGGUCAGCUGACGCCAUAUUACUCACUGGAGAUGGGAAACGGGACACCUUGUGUGCUGAAGCAGAACGAGCCGCGCUCCACGUCCGUGCUGUACGUGUGUCACCCAGAGGCCAAACAUGAGAUCCUGUCGAUCGCUGAGGUCACUACCUGCGAGUAUGAGGUGGUGGUGCUGACCCCCUUGCUUUGUGCACACCCAAAAUACAGGUUCAAGUCGUCCCCAGUUAACGCCAUCUUCUGCCAGGCACUGGCUGGUUCGCCGCUGCGGCCUUGGCGACUCGCCCAGCUGGAUAAGGAGCAAGAGGAGCAGCGCAAGCCUUCUUUCAGCACCACCGCUGAGCACAGAGAGGCGGAUUCACCAACAAGAGAGGAGGCCUUCACUUCCUCACAAAAAUCCGUGGGCGGGCAGGGGGCUGGGGGCACCACUCACAUAUCCCGCCUGACAGACGAGCAGCUUGUCAAGGAGUUCCUUAGCGGCUCCUACUGUUUACACGGGGGGGUUGGAUGGUGGAAAUACGAAUUCUGUUAUGGAAAACAUGUCCAUCAGUACCAUGAGGAUAAGGAGCAAGCGAAGAACAUUGUGGUGGUUGGAAGCUGGAAUGCCGAGGAACACAUUGAGUGGUCCAAGAGGAACGUGGCUCGAUAUUACCAGCUAAAAGACAGUGGAGUGCAAAAAGUCAAGCUGGUCUCCCAUUUCUAUGGCCAUGGCGACCUGUGCGAUCUGACAGGAAAUCCCCGCCAAGUUAUUGUCAAAUUAAAAUGUAAAGAGUCAGACUCUCCCCAUGCAGUCACUGUCUAUAUGCUGGAGCCUCAGACUUGCCAAUACGUCCUUGGGGUUGAAUCUUCAGUCAUAUGCAGGAUUCUUGACUCAGCAGAUGAACACGGACUUCUGUCCUACUCCAGCUGAAUGGCCCAAAGAUCAUGUGAUGAGGAGAAGCCCAAUAAGUACAUUUAAAAGAGAAGGACACACAAAUGGAUGUGAUGUGACACUUAAGACCAACAAAGGUUCAAACUGUGGUGAUCUUGAGGCUGGACUUAAGGAUGCUGAGGAGCUGAAGAAACGAUCCAGGCAUCCUGUUCUGAGCUGUAGAUCAAACCACAUGACUGCCUCACUCAGCUUGGCUGUAGCUUAAAUAAAUCACUCAAGGAGAAUGUGGAUUUAUUGUCCAUAUUUCAUAUAUCUGCUUAAAAUAAUUAUUUUAUCAUGGACAAGCUCAUGGCGUGAGAGAGAGAUACUAUGCACUUGUAGUUUUAAAAGAAGGUGUGCGUUAUUCAUUUUAUUAAGGGUGAGUGUAACUUAUGCAUCAGUGGGUGUUUUGAAAUGACAAAUGUAAGUUUGAUUAAAAUGUCUUUGUAACUU